UAAUUACGUUAAAAAUAUCAUCCUGAAGUCCCAUUUUUGAGCAGAAUAUUUUUGAUUCUACAUCUACAGAAACUGAUGUGGAUGAAGGCCAUGACUGGGACAUCUUUAACAUCAAUGAAGUGGCUGGGCUGGACCUGCUGGAGGGAGACAUUGAUCUGGAGGAAACAUUCAACAGAAACUCCAUUAUAGGAGACAAGUAUCGUUGGCCUACAACCAUUCCCUACUAUCUCGAGGACAGUCUGGAAAUGAAUGCAAAGGGAGUGAUCUUGAAAGUAUUUGACCAGUACAGACUGAAGACCUGCAUUGACUUUACACCAUGGAAAGGAGAGGAGAACUACAUAUCUGUGUUCAAAGGAAGCGGAUGCUUCUCCUCUGUAGGCAACCAGCGUGUGGGGAAGCAGCGGUUGUCCAUUGGUAAAAACUGUGAUCGUCUUGGAACCGUUGAGCACGAGUUCCUGCAUGCUCUGGGCUUCUGGCAUGAGCAGUCCAGAGCUGACCGUGAUGAUUAUGUCAACAUCAUGUGGGAUCGCAUUGAACCAGGUGAAGAGCACAACUUCAUAAAAUACGACGACGCAGUGUCCAGUGCUUUAGGUGUAGCCUAUGACUACGGCUCUGUAAUGCACUACACAAAGACAUCCUUUAGCACUGGCUCUGAGCCCACCAUCGUCACCAAGAUCCCCCACUUCAUGGAUGUGAUUGGUCAGAGGAUGGGCUUCAGUGCUAGUGAUCUGACCAAGCUCAACCGUCUCUACAACUGCACCAAGUCUUCCAGCUUUGUGGACAGCUGGUACACAGUUCCUUCCGGGCCCAGACCAAUCGGGCCCGCGUCGCUGGAAGACGUUGAUUGA